GCGUGUGGGCGUGGCCAUGCUGGGUGUCCCGCAGGCCGCGCCGGUGCUGGCUCAGUCUCGCGCCGUCGUUAGUCCGCGCUGUGUUUAGUCGCUUGGCGCCUUGCGCUCUACGCCGUCCCCGCAGUCCCUGCCCGGCAGACCCCGGCCACGCAACUCCGCAACCAUGUCCAAGCUGGCACAGCUCGGGCGCGAGGAGAUUAUGGAGUGCCAGGUGAUGUGGGAGCCUGACAGCAAGAAGGACACGCAGAUGGACGGCUUCCGGGCGGCCGUGGGUGCCGCCUGCGGCCUGGCUCUGGGGAAUUAUGAUGACUUGUACCACUGGUCUGUGCGGUCAUAUUCAGACUUCUGGGCCGAGUUCUGGAAGUUCAGUGGAAUCGUCUACUCACGAAUGUAUGAUGAGGUGGUGGACGCAUCCAAAGGAAUUGCAGAUGUCCCUGAGUGGUUCAGAGGCAGCCGCCUCAACUAUGCUGAGAACCUCCUACGCUACAAGGAGAAUGACAAAGUCGCCCUUUAUGUGGCCAGGGAAGGCAGAGAGGAGAUCGUGAAGGUGACCUUUGAAGAGCUGCGGCAGCAGGUGGCUGUGUUUGCAGCAGCCAUGAGGAAGAUGGGUGUGAAGAAAGGGGACCGUGUAGUCGGUUAUCUACCCAACAGUGCACAUGCCGUGGAGGCCAUGCUGGCUGCUGCCAGUAUUGGAGCCAUCUGGAGUUCUACCUCACCAGACUUUGGUGUGAAUGGUGUCCUGGAUCGGUUUUCUCAAAUUCAGCCGAAGCUUAUCUUCUCAGUGGAAGCUGUUGUCUACAAUGGCAAGGAGCACGGCCACCUGGAGAAGCUGCAGCGAGUUGUGAAAGGACUUCCUGACCUGCAGAGAGUGGUGCUGAUCCCCUAUGUCCUCCCAAGGGAGAAGAUAGACAUUUCCAAGAUCCCCAACAGUGUGUUCCUGGAUGAUUUCCUGGCAAGCGGGACAGGCGCGCAGGCACCUCAGCUAGAGUUCGAACAGCUGCCUUUUAGCCAUCCUCUAUUCAUCAUGUUCUCCUCGGGCACGACAGGAGCACCCAAGUGCAUGGUGCACUCUGCUGGGGGCACCCUCAUCCAGCACCUGAAGGAGCACAUACUACACGGCAACAUGACGAGCAGCGACAUUCUGCUCUACUACACAACGGUCGGCUGGAUGAUGUGGAACUGGAUGGUGUCAGCCCUGGCCACAGGUGCAUCCUUGGUCUUGUAUGAUGGCUCUCCGCUGGUCCCAACACCCAAUGUGUUGUGGGACCUUGUGGACAGGAUAGGUAUCACCAUCCUGGGAACUGGAGCCAAGUGGCUGUCAGUGUUGGAGGAGAAGGACAUGAAGCCAGUGGAAACUCACAACCUCCACACGCUCCACACGAUCCUGUCCACUGGCUCACCACUGAAAGCCCAGAGCUACGAGUACGUGUACAAAUGCGUCAAGAGCAGUGUACUCCUUGGCUCCAUCUCAGGUGGCACUGACAUCAUCUCCUGUUUCAUGGGCCAGAACUCAUCUAUCCCUGUGUAUAAGGGUGAGAUUCAAGCCCGGAACCUUGGCAUGGCCGUGGAAGCCUGGGACGAGGAAGGGAAGGCCGUCUGGGGAGAGAGUGGCGAGCUGGUGUGUACCAAGCCCAUCCCCUGCCAGCCCACGCACUUCUGGAACGACGAGAAUGGCAGCAAGUACAGGAAGGCUUACUUCUCCAAAUUCCCUGGUAUCUGGGCACACGGCGACUAUUGCAGGAUCAAUCCUAAGACAGGAGGCAUCGUCAUGCUGGGCCGGAGUGAUGGCACCCUCAACCCCAAUGGAGUACGCUUCGGCAGCUCAGAGAUCUACAACAUAGUGGAAGCCUUUGACGAGGUGGAGGACAGCCUGUGUGUCCCCCAGUACAACAGGGAUGGCGAGGAGCGGGUGGUCCUGUUUCUGAAGAUGGCGUCUGGGCACACCUUCCAGCCUGAUCUCGUGAAGCGCAUCCGUGAUGCCAUCCGCCUUGGCCUGUCGGCUCGCCAUGUGCCCAGCCUCAUCCUGGAGACUCGGGGCAUUCCAUACACACUCAAUGGCAAGAAAGUGGAGGUCGCUGUGAAGCAGGUGAUGGCUGGCAGGGCUGUGGAGCACCGGGGGGCCUUCUCCAACCCAGAGACCCUGGACCUUUACCGGAACAUCCCUGAACUGCAGGACUUCUGAGCCAACGGCUCGCACACCGUCUGUCCGUGCAUGUGAUGGAACUUAGGGACACUUUAGAGACAACAACUGCUCCAGAUGGCCCUGGGCACUGCACAUUCCGUGGGCUCGGAAAUAUCAUUCCUGUUUUGGAGUCAUUGGUGGGGACCAAAAUGUGCCUGGCCUUCAGAGACCAAAAGAGCACACGGGGGCUUGUCUUGGCCCUGCUGCUGUAAGUCGGCACACAGCCUUGCAGGUGCGGGGUUGGUAGCAUUUGGUGACAGCACACCGGAGGAGCGAUGUGGCCUUCAGCCUCAGGAGCCCACUGUCCCAUCUUGCUCUAUGAAGGUGAAAUACCUAUACUUCCUGUCCUUAAGUGGCCUGGCUCUCUCAGCUGUAUUGUCCUCUCAAGAGCUGGCUGAAGCCAGGGUACCUGGCCCAGUGUGCCUGUCAUCUCACAGCUGGCUGUUGGGAUCCCUGGGCUGACGGCUCAUAUACUGUCUGCCAUGGCCAGAACACCAUUCUAGGGAAUUGUGAGCGACACUCCAGCCAGCCAAGAGCUCUCUGCUGUGGCAAGUCCCCUCUGCUGGCUACUGUCUUUGCCCAUCUCUGGGUCUUAAUAGCACAGUGUUUGAACAGGUCAGAUGUUUUGAAGUUAACUGAGGAUCUGGUGUCUGGGGGCACUUGAACCCCUGGGUGGUACCCAUGCCAUCACUUAGGUGUGUGCUGGGAUCCUGGAGUCCUUCAGGGAUGGAGCUGCCUGGCUUCAGAGGGAGAUGGUAUGCUCCCUCUUCGUGCCUGGGCUCUUUCUGUUGUGACCAUCCUCUGCACUUGCAAAUGGACUCUCAGGCUUGGUCAUCAGGACUCGACGGUGCUUCUCAUCCAGUAUGUGGAGUAUGUCACAAAUCCUGGUGAUUUUUUUUGUAUUUUUUUUUUUUUUUUUUUUUUAAAGCUGAGCACAAUGUCAAACCUUUUGAAAAUGUCCUGGAUUUUAAGUCUAUAAGGGAAAAGUGCUAUGAAGAAUUUUAUGGAAUAAACUUGUGCCAUGCACACCUGUACAUGCA